AUGAGAUCAGACAACGCCGGUUGUUACCACUGCGGUUAUCUUCUGCUUUCGCUCCCUAGCAUCGGUGACCGCACUGGUGUCAAGAUCACGCGCUACAACUUAAGCGAACCACAAGCAGGCAAAGACCGCUUUCUAAAUGAAGGUAAUGAUAUCAAAACAACCAGCGACAUGAAAACCGCCUUCGAAUCGUACGGUGGAGUCAAGGACUGCUAUGCAGCAGUGUGUCAAGUUCAGCCAUCCGCACAAACAAUGACCAAACAUACCAUGACAGGCGUACAGGCAUCGAAUAACUUCUCGUACGAGAAUAGAGGCUUGAGAAUGUGGCGUGCUUAUGGUAUUGGACCUGGAAAGUUCUAUAGUGCAGACCAGCUGGCACGGUUUGGAACACCCCAAGGCUCCAUUAGGCUCGUCACAACGGAAACGUUCAGUUACUAAAACAUAGAAGUAGGUAGUUAUCUACAACGUACGCAGAUGUCUGAACCUGGGUCAUCGCUACAACCCAAAGCGAGAAAUUCUCUUGUCAGGAAGAAGGAUGCAUCAAGGUUUUUCAGUCGUUCGCUGCCCUCCAAAAGCACCUUGACAUCGGCAAACACAUGUUACAGCUGGCAAAAGAAUUCGCCUUCGACGAGAUCAGGAAGAAAUGGAUAGAGGCUGUCCAUUCCGUAGGUGGUGGCUAAGUUCACAGUCAGACCUCAGCUCAAGAUUCUGAAGAACAAUCAAUAAUUCGAUAACAUGUAGUUUUGUUUCCUUGGUGAUAGGCUGUUACUAUCACACUUAAAUUUUGUUACCCAGGUGGAUCUUGGAUGGGCCCUUCGGAAAACGCGAAAAGCAGUUGCCUUUUUUCAUAGAGCAAAAAAUUAUCUCGCAGACGUGUUCUGGACAGGGGAGGAAACUGGUAAGAAGGCAACUGCCUCUGAUAUGGCCCCCAAAAUGAAGAGUUCAAGAGACGACACCGGCCAGAAAAUGUUCUCUAAGACUGACUGGUUGACAGAGCAGCAGAUAGCUCGAUAUUUCAGCCGGCUUUCUGCCCUGACUAGAACAGGUCUAUUGCGGAGGUCCCCCUCUGUAAGUAUGACUGAGGACGAAGAGGCUGAUGCAGACGAGUUAGCUUUAGAAGUCAACACUGACCGUACAAGGCAGAAAUAA